AUGGAUCUUGAAUCAAAUAAAGUUUCAUCAUUACAUAUUGAUCAAGAAUUAUCUACAGAAGAUUCAAUUAUUGAUUCAAAUCAUAUAAAUAAUUCAAAUGAAGAAUCAUUUAUUUCAUAUCCUCAUCUUUCACCAUCAAAUAUAAUUGGUACGCAUCCAAAUGAAGUUAUUACAAGUAUUAAUGCUGAUAAUGGUUAUCCUGUUAGACAAGAAAAUGGACAACGAAAAACUGGACCACCACCAGAUUGGCCAACAACUCGUCAUCCACCUGGUCGUGGUUGCGAAGUAUUUGUUGGCAAAUUACCUCGUGAUUGUUUUGAAUCGGAAUUAUUUCCGUUAUUUGAACGUUGUGGACAAAUCUAUGAAAUGCGUUUAAUGAUGGAUUUUUCAGGUUUUAAUCGUGGUUAUGCAUUUAUAACAUAUACAUGUCGUGAUAAUGCAAAACGUUCUGUUAAAGAAUUAAAUAAUUAUGAAAUUCGUCCUAGUCGUUUAAUAGGUGUAUGUCAGUCUGUCGAUAAUUGUCGAUUAUUUGUUGGUGGAAUACCAAAAACAAAAAAACGUGAAGAAAUUCUUGAUGAAAUAUGUAAAGUAACUGAAGGUGUUGUUGAUGUUAUUGUUUAUCCAAGUGCACAUGAUAAAACAAAAAAUCGUGGUUUUGCUUUUGUUGAAUAUGAAAGUCAUCGAUCAGCAGCUAUGGCUAGAAGAAAAUUAUUACCAGGAAAAAUUCAAUUAUGGGGACAUCAAAUUGCUGUUGAUUGGGCUGAACCUGAAACUGAAGUUGAUGAAGAUAUUAUGGCAACUGUUCGAGUACUUUAUGUUAGAAAUUUAAUGAUGAAUACAACAGAAGAACAAAUUAAAGAAAUUUUUCAACGUUUUAAAUCAAAUUCUGUUGAACGUGUUAAAAAAUUAAAAGAUUAUGCAUUUGUUCAUUUUAAAGAACGUCGAGAAAUUGAUGGUUCGAUUGUUGAAGUUACUUUAGCGAAACCAGUUGAUAAAAAUCAAUAUUUUAGAUUUACACGUGGUGUUAGUCCAUCGACUAUUGCUACGCAUUUACCAUUUGGUUUACCAACCGGUGCUAUUGCUCCAACAACAGCAACAUUCGAUUUAACACCACAUUUAACAGCUAUUCCAUAUAUAACAAUUCCAAGUACACCAUUAGCUACAAAUCCAACAUCAAUACAGACAAUAGCUACAUCAUUAGCUAAUGGAACGCCACUUGUAUCACCUGCUGUCAAUGCUUUUCAACAAAAAAAUAUUCGUCGAUGUGUAAAUGCUACCGGUCGUUUAUCCACAAAUGGUAAUACAAGUCCUCCAACAAUAAAUCGAAAUCUACCUUCAAUACCAACCGGUGUUCUAUCAACAUCUUCUCGUCCAAGUCAACCACCUCCAACUGUCGUUCAUCAUCGUGGUGCUUAUUAUACAAUUCUUCGACCAACGUCACGCCGAACAGACGAGAAAUGUCUCGAAGAUCUCUACAAAGAGACUUACGAUGCGCUGUACGGCUCUGCUGCUAGUACCACCGCUCCAUCGAUAAUGAUGAUCGAUUCCAAUCAUUCUCAGUUUAUUUUACCAGAACAACAAACUCUGCAGCAGCAGCCGAAUCAGCCUGAAGAGAUUCCAUUUGGUCCAACAACAUUUGGUUUUCAUCCUGCUGGUCCAAUAUUUCAACCAGCAACUCUUUUACCACAUCCAUUAGUUGCUGCACAUCCAGCUGGUAAUUCACCAUUUGCUCAACAACAAUUAGUUUUUACUACAGCAAAUAAUCCUGCCCAAACUCAACAAUAUUUUCAUGCGCAUCCGCAAGGAAAUUUUCCAUUUCCAUUUAUUCUUACUCCACCAUUAGCACCGAUGCCACCAUUAUCAUCAACACCAAAUAGUCCUGAAUCGCCACUAUUUACUUAUACAACACCACCAUCAACGACUACAACGGUUACAACUGCGGGUGGUACUACUUAUUCAGCUUGA